UGCGGGCGGAUAGGCCAAAUACGGUCAGUAUCAAUAUUUCCCUGGGCGUAUUUUCGCACAAAAGCCUUAUUGUUCCCGAUUUCAAGCGAGGUUGCUAUCAUCAAUUCCGGUGCAAAGGGCACCAUGUCGGGCGGUGCCGUGAUAACUAGCCAACCUGCCUCAUUUUUGGUGACCAGUUUGGCAAUUCUCUCAUGGUAUUGCUCAAACAUCGGCGUGCUAAUCCUCAACAAGUAUCUUCUCUCCAGCACGGGAUUCCAUUACCCCGUUUUCCUGACACUAUGUCAUAUGCUAGCAUCUUUAUCGAUCGGGCUGCUGGCGUCAGUUUCUCAAGUUUUACCUCUGAAACCAAUCAAGUCUAGACAGCAAGCCUACAAGAUAGUGAUCCUUUCAGCUGUCUUCUGCACUACGGUAGUCCUGGGCAACGUCAGUUUAAAGUUCAUCCCAGUUUCGUUCAACCAGGCUAUUGGUGCCACGACGCCCUUCUUCACAGCCAUCCUGGCCUAUCUGAUGCAAGGCCAAAAGGAGGCAGCCCUUACAUAUUAUUCCCUCAUCCCCAUUAUGGGUGGCGUGAUUGUUGCCAGCGGUGGCGAGCCUCUCUUCAGCGUCAUCGGCUUCACCUGCUGCCUCAUAGCCACAUCGCUUCGAGCGCUGAAGUCCGUGCUGCAGUCCCUCCUCAUGACCGACCCAAGCGAGAAGCUCGACCCCAUGAGCCUGCUGGUGUACAUGUCAGGCGUCUCCGUCGCCAUUCUCCUUCCGCUCACAGCGGUCCUUGAACAAGCUAGCUGGCAAGCGGCUAUGGACCUUGUUGCGAAAUCAAGUGGUUUCUUGUAUUGGCUACUUGGCAACAGCAGCCUAGCAUAUUUCGUCAACUUGACCAAUUUUCUCGUGACCAAGUACACAAGCCCGCUGACGCUACAGGUGCUUGGUAACGCCAAGGGAGUGGUGGCAGCGGCUGUGUCGGUGGCGGUGUUUAGGAAUGUGGUAACGGGGCAAGGGGCGCUAGGCUACGCCAUCACUGUUGCAGGUGUGUUCAUGUACUCGGAGUCGAAGCGGCGUGCGAAGAUGGCAGCCGCGGCAGCUGCGCGCAACGAGGGUGGGGCAUUAAAGGCAGGAAUUCAAGAACGGGAGCCCCUGCUGUCCGGGGCAAGCGCAGCGUCAGAAAAGCCAGACUUGUAUUUUCGUGGCACAGAGCGCGUGUAA